AGGUCUAGGAACGGGUAGUACAAGCAGUAGCAGUAGUUCAUCAGCAUUAUCAUCAACUGGAUUAAAACCACAACAACAAAUAAUAAUGCCAACACCAACACCACGAUUUUUAUCACGCGGUCAUACAUAUCGAGCAAUUGUUGGUGAAACUUUAACACUGCCAUGUCAAGUUGAAAAUUUAGGACCUUUGGUAUUACUAUGGAGACGUGGUGCUAAUGUUCUAACAGCAUCUAAUAUUAUGGUAACAAGAGAUGAAAGAAUAAGACUGAUAAAUGGAUAUAAUCUUGAAAUAUCAGAUUUAGAACCACAAGAUGCUGGUGAUUAUGUAUGCCAAAUUAGCGAUAAAGUUAAUCGGGAUCAAAUUCAUACAGUUGAAAUAUUAGUCCCUCCAACUGUACGUGCUAUACCGACAUCAGGUCAACUGACUGCAAGAAAAGGAGGUUCAAUUACAUUAGAAUGUAAAGCAUCUGGUAAUCCGGUACCAUCAAUAUCUUGGACGAAAAAGAGUGGUUCAGGUAAAUCAACAGCCCGUAUUGGAGAUGGCCCUAUUUUAACAUUGGAAAAAGUUGAAAGGCAACAAGCUGGUGUUUAUCAAUGUACUGCUGAUAAUGGUGUUGGUGAACCAGUUACUGUUGAUAUGAGGCUUGAUGUGUUAUUCCCACCAGAUAUUUCUGUUGAAAAGUCUUGGAUUCAUUCAGGUGAAGGUUAUGAAGCUCAAUUAGUUUGUAUUGUACAUGCAGAUCCUGUUGCAACCGUUUCUUGGUACCAAAAUUCAUUUCCGUUACAACCAACAGAUAGGAGGUCCAUGUCAUCAAGAGGAAAUCGACAUACAUUAAAUAUACGACAUGUCCAACAGGAUGACUUCGGUAACUACAGUUGUGUUGCUGAUAAUACACUUGGCAGAUCUCGUAAAUAUAUGGAAUUAUCUGGUCGUCCUGGUGCUGCAGAAUUUCAUUCACCAAAAUGGGGUCGAUCUCCAGAUAGUUAUAAUUUAACCUGGAAAGUUGACAGCUAUCCACCACUAGAAGAAGUUCGUUUACUUUACAGGAGACUUUUGAUGAAUGAAACAUUCCAACAACCAGGAAGAUGGCAUGAUGUUAUUUUAAGACCAGAACAUCGUUCAAGUGCUGAACCAUUAACACAUAUAAUGUCAUAUACAAUAAGAAAUUUACAUCCGGGUUCAGUUUAUGAAGCAAUUGUUCAAGCUAAAAAUCGAUAUGGUUGGAAUGAGGUCAGUGAUAUUUUUCAAUUUGUUUUGGCACGCGAUUAUCAUGCCGAUGAUACAAUGGUUGUUGCCAGUUCAACGUCACGUGGCAGUGGUUCUGAAACUUUACAUAUUCUCAAUAGAACGAAAACAAUUGACAGUCUUUUAAUAAUUUUAUUAAUUAGUUUUACAUUAUGUUUAAGAUUUAUUAAAAUUCGUGAUUUUUAUGUUGGAUAAUUUUUCUUAUAAUUUAAUUACUAUAUAUAUAUAAUACAUUAUAUUAAAUUUAAAUAAUUAAAAUAUUUAUAAUAAUUAAUACACAUAAAAAUUCUAUACAUAUACGUAUAUAUGUCCCUAUAUAUAAUAUAUAUAUAUAUAUAUACAUAUAUAAAUUAAUUAUAAUAUGUAUUGAUAUUUUUUAAUUAAUUUAAAAAAUUAAGUUUAAAAAUAAAAAGGCGAAGCGAAUAGAGACAGAUUGAGAGAAACUGAGAGAGAAUAUGUAAGAAGAAAAUUUCAAAUUAGUUUUGAAAAAAUUACACUGUAAAUCCCAAAAACUUGAGGAAAAGUUAAAAAAAAAAAAUUAAUUAUAAAAAAUUAAGAAUAAAUUAAAAUAUUUUCUCUUUAGUUAUGUACAAUUAUUAAUAUUUUUUUAUUAUAUAAAAUAAAUUAAGAAUUUAAAAAAAUAUUGUAAUUUAUUUUUAUGUAUUUUUUAGAAAAUCUAACCAAAAAGAAAAAAAACACAAAAAAGUAAAAAAACGACAAAAAAUUAACUUUAAAAAAAAAAAAAAUUUGGAAAGAAAAAAAAUUUAAACCAACACUCUUUUUUAUAAAUAAAGAAAACCCAAAAAAAGAAAAAAUUAAAAAAAAAUUUUACAAAAAAAAAAAAUAUUAUACAAAAGAUAAAUUUAAAUUAAAAAUUAGGUUAAAUGAAAUUUAAAUUAAAAAUAUUUAGAAUAAACAAAUUUCUUGAAGGAUAUUAAAAUAACAAAACAAUGAAAACAAAAAAAACAUAAAAAAAUUACGAAGAAAAUUGUCUAGUUUAAAAAAAAAAAAGAAUAAAUCAAAAGUAAAACAAAAGUCGGAGAAUUUAAUUUACUUUGUAAAUUUACCAACUGAGUGAAUCUAUAAGAAAAUGAGUGUCUUCUCUUGAGUCAAACGUAAAUGAACUUAAGUACGGGUGAAUGAAAUCCAAACAAAAUUAAAAUUCUGGUGAAGUUCGAGAUUACGAUUUAAGCACAACAUUCUGUGUGAGUCCAAAUUAAAUAAUUUGCUUUUACAUCUUUUAAAAAAUUUAAAUCAACACCAUUUAUUGGAAUACAGUAGCAAUAAUAAGAAUUCGAAUUGUUAUCAUUACCAAAAAUUAUUACAACAAUAAUAAUUAAAAGUGUCAUGGAUCAAAGUCAAAUAUAAUAAAAAUUAACCUAAUUUUACAGCAAAUUAUUUCGGUAAUUUUAAAAUUCACACGGCUUUAAGAAAAAAAGGCGUGUUAUAUUAUGCAUUUACAUUCUACUGCCAAAAAUUAGAUUCUAAUAAAAAUUAUAAGUAACGAAAGUAAUCAUGACAUUGUUCGCCAUUAAAUUGAAUCUCUCUAAAAUAUAUAAUGUCACUUGAAUCAUUGUUUUUUGUCAAAAACAUUACGUGAUUUCAAAUGAAUUUCAAGAAGUCAUCUUUGAAAACUCUUUUCGACUUGGAGAAUAUAUUAAGUUCAGAGCCAUAAUUUCAAAAAUUUCAUUCAAAUCAAUUAAUUUUUAUUAAAAUUAUUUAUUGUAGUUUGUUUCACAAUUCUACGAAAUUCCGAAAUCUUGAAUUGAUUUAAUUCCGGUCCACAUGCAACAAAUUUAUUAACCACUCAACUCAUUAACAGUAAAAGUAAAAUUUUUCUAAUUUUCACUCCAAAAAACAGAGAGCACGAAAACAAUAUUCUUCUCUUAGAAAAAGUGUGUUAUAAAAAAAAUUUUUACGCACUUGAACGAGUAAUUAAAGGAAUGAACUAAAUUUGAAAAUCUAGCUUCCAAUAUUUAUACCGUUAGUAAUAGAUUUUCGUUAAAAUUUAAUUCAUUUCACAUUCUUCGUCGUGUCAUUGAAUUGAAAACAUUAUUUGAAACACUCAUAUUUAAUAUCCACUUUCACUAGAUUUACAAAGUUGUGUAGCGAAUUGUUAAAUUUACAAUCAAAUUAAAUAAAAUCCAAACUCUUUGAAAACAAAAAAUUUCAAGCAUUAAAACGAUAUUGUAUUAUAAAAACAAAAAAAAAAAAAAUAUAAUUUAUUAAGUGAAAUUAAUUAUAAAGUA